CUUUAAACACGUCACUGUGGAAAUAGGGAAGUUGAGUAGGAUAUCGAGGUGGAUGCGUUCCGUGAUGUUGAACGUGUAUAUUUGCAGUCGAAGGAGCUCUGAAUGGAAAAAGAAUUCCCCUUGAAUGUGAUCCGGACAAAAAUUGACGUCUUCAUAAAGUAGAAAACUAAAAACCUAAAACGGACGACUCGGAGUCUGAACCGACACAGGAGAUUCAUCAACCGAGUUGGAUUUUAUAAGCGCUUUCUCUGCUGGUGUAGGCUAAGAAAUGUCAUUUUAUAAACACUAAAGUUGCUAGAAAUAUAAAAACAAACAAAUAAAAGUCUAAUAUUUGACGUGUUUUCGUAGACAUAUCCUGUUUCGGUGUUGUAAACAUCACGAGACACUCAGUGUAGCUCAGAAGCUACACAGCUAGCUAGCAUGAUAAACAGUUAAAUAAUCCAAAUAGAAUUUUUAAAUAAAAGAAAAACAAAACAAAACUAGUUCUUGAUGAGGGAAUAGGAUUCGUAGAACAUUAUAGCAUCCUUGGUAGAUGUUUCCUGGUUGCUUUAUUACGAUGUUAAUCCAUGGCAUCCUUAGUGAUGUGAGGUAGACUGGCUAAAUAAGUAAAAUAAACAAGUAUGGGUUAUAGUAUAAUAUAACAGGUGGAUUGAGCUUGUUGAGGAGAAAAUGGGAAACGGAGGCUGGAAACAAACCCUUUUAAUGAUCUGAAUGAACUAAUAUUUCACACACACACACACACACACAAGAAUUGAAGAAAGAAGACGUUGACGUUUCUUUAAGGAGUUGGAAAUAUCCCGCUGCAGCUCAGAAACAUGGCGAUGUUUUUGUCCCGACCUGAAGAAGGAAACGCAGCCGGACACUUGAUGUCCAAACCUGCGGAAGGAGCCGCAUCAGGGCCGCUGCUGCCCUCCAACUCGUCUCCCCCGGACACGGGCAUGAAAGGAUGUGCUAACGGAGACCUGAUGGACAGCUUCGGUAUCUUCCUACAAGGCCUGCUUGGUGUGGUAGCCUUCAGCACCCUCAUGUUGAAGCGCUUCAGAGAACCCAAGCACGAAAGAAGACCCUGGAGGAUCUGGUUUCUUGACACUUCCAAACAAGCCAUUGGGAUGCUCUUCAUUCACUUUGCCAACGUGUAUCUGUCAGACCUCAACAAGGAGGACCCGUGUUCACUAUACCUCAUAAACUUUCUGUUGGACGCUACACUGGGCAUGUUGGUGAUUUACGGUGGUGUGAAGGCCGUCAGUGUCGUGGUCGAGUGGAAGCAGUGGGACUCACUGCGCUUCGGAGAGUAUGGAGAGCCGGUACAGUACACCGCCUGGGCAGGACAGUGUGCACUCUACAUCCUAAUUAUGAUGUUUGAGAAGGUGGUCAUCAUCCUGGUGCUUCUAAUCCCUCAGUGGAAGAAGCUGGUGCUGCUGAACCCCAUCACAAACCCUCAGCUGGAGUUGGCUCUGGUUAUGCUGAUUGUGCCGUUCUUUGUUAAUGCACUGAUGUUCUGGGUUGUGGAUAACUUCCUGAUGAAGAAAGGCAGGACAAAAGCCAAGGUGGAGGAGAGAGAGGUUGGAGAUGAUUCGAGGGGCAGCAGCAAGGUGCGCUACAGACGAGCGCUCUCUCACGACGACUCUGAAUCCGAGAUCCUCUUCUCUGCGGAUGACGAAAUGGAAGAUUCAGACGGAGAUGAGGAUGUGCGCAGACUCGCGGGUCUCAAAACCGUUAAGAAAAAGAAACACCGCCUGGGCAUUCCGGUCUGACAUCGGAUCAGGCAUUCAGACCUCGUCAUUCCUGUCACAGACUCACCCUGCUGCCUUCUGCUUGUCUGACAGAGACAUCAGCCAGUGUCCAGCCUUCUGGUGGGAGGAAGAACAAAGCCCUAGGUACUGAUUACAGGCCUGUGAAGCUGCAGGAGCUUCAUGAUCACCGAUUCACCCCACAACCCCAUCCAAAAAAACAAUGGGAGAAGAAUGUGAUUCUUUCCUGCUGGCUUCUACUGCCAUCUCUCUUUACAAACUUUUUUUUUAUUAAUAAUAAUAACACAUCAACCAUGUUAAGGGAUGCGUGUACUGGUGAUCACUGCUGCUUCUUUAUACAUAUAGACUCGAUUCACUAUGUGGCUGGAAAGACAGGACGGACUUUAUACUGAGGAGGAAAACAGCAAAAUAGAGUUUGUCCCAGCCUUCAAGCACACCUCUACCUUUAACAUCAUCCAUCUUGUUAAUGCUUCAUCAACUCUGCUGUAUUUAGGACUAACAUUAAUAACAUGCGUGUCGGUUUAAUCACGUUCAUGUUGAUCUUGUGUGGUGCAAAGACCUCAGGAACAAAUGGUUUGGCGGGCAAAUAUAAAGUGUGUACAAAUGUGUUUACCUACAGUAUGGAUUCAUUGGGUUUCAUAUGAAAUGGAACUUUGUUGCAUAACUGUGAAGAAGAAAAAAAAAAUUCUGCAAAAACAUAUGGUUACACUCAUCUGUCUGACUUUAUUGUCCUAAAGUGUUUUUUUUUUUUUUUUUUUAGCUUCCUUCAUUCAGGUGGGAGAUUUUGACCGACCCCUUGGUCUCCUUUUGCACAAUUUGUUUAAUCAGUGUGUUGUCACUGUUUUUUUUUUUUUUUCAUUAUUAUUUCUUAACAUCUGGGAUAUCAUGCCUCUGUAUUAUCCUGUAGGUAUUUAUUCUUUUUGUUCUUUGAAUACUGAAAGUUAAAGAAACUCUCAUACAUUAUGCCUUCUCUGUAGCAAAGAUCAGAUUUUGGCAUCCUGUAAAUCCUGUAGCAUUUUUCCCCACUUGAAGAUAUUACACAGACAGAGACAGAGAGAGAGAGAGAGAGAGAGAGAGAGAGAGAGAGUAUAAACUGACAUUUUGUGGAUGUUUGCUUUUCUGGUGUUGGCGUGAGUGUGUUUUGUGUCUAACGUUUCAAAGUUCUUGUGCGUGCGCUCGGCCUGCUGAUUUUUUGAGUACUGUGAUGAUCGGCGCUGACGCCGAUGUUCGUUUUUGAUAAACUCUGACCACGGACACUUCGGUGAUGUUCGUACACCAAAAUCUUAAAUACUAACUACUACACGAUCGGGAUUACUCACAAGUUACAUUCUCGUUAUAUGAUUGUUUUCAAUAAACAAUGUCAAAUUUUCUUUUACUGCUUAUUAAAAAAAAAAAGAUCAA